UUAUAUUUUAGUCAUAGGUUCAUCUGUCUGUAUCUUCCACUAGAUACAGUGGAUACAGUGGGUUCCCCAAGCCAGGGGACCAUGUUUUAUUUAUCUUUGAAUCCCUAGUAGUUAGAUCAGUUCUCCUAGAGUCUGGCAUACAGAUCACCUGCAUCCAAGUCAUUUGGGGUGCUUGCUAAAAUUGUGAAAUUCUGGGUCUUUCUCCAAGUCUACUGAAUUGUAUUGAGUUGUGUGCCCUAACUCCCCGUAGGCCAAGUCUUAACCCUUAGUAGCUGGAUAGGUGACUUUAUUUGGAAAUGAGGUGUUUACAGAUACAAUCAAGUUAAGGAUCAUACAGUAAGGUCAUCCUGGAUAGGAUGGGCCCUACUGGGGUUUGCAGCCAUUGUUCUUAUAAGAGAAAGGAGAGAGAUCUGGGACAGAGACCCCAGGAGAAGGCUAUGGGAAGACACAGAAGUCUGAUGUGAAGACAGCAGGUGGAAGUUGCAGUGUGCAUCCACAAGCCCAGGAGUGCCAACUAGAAGCUGGAAGGAGCAUGGAGCAGAUUCUCUGCCAGAGCCUUCAGAAGAAACCAGCCCUCCUGAGACUUCUCACCUCCAGAACUGUGGGAGAAUGAGUUUGUUUUUUAAUUCCCCAACUUGUGGUGAUUUGUUAUGGAAGCCAUAGGAGCGAAUACAUCUACAUGUACUGUGUCUGGGGAUGAGGGCCCAGUACCUGGUGUGCAAGAGGAAGCUGGACAGUAAGAAGGAGGCGCUGCUCAUCCUGUCCAAGGAGCUGGACGCCUGCCAGCAGGAGCGGGACCAGUUUAAGCUCAUGGCCAACCAGCUGCGCGAACGCCACCAAUCCCUGAAGAAGAAGUACCGAGAGCUGAUCGAUGGAGAUCCGUCACUUCCCCCUGAAAAGAGGAAACAGGCCAAUCUUGCACAACUACUGAGAGAUUCUCAGGAACGAAAUAAACAUCUGGGAGAAGAAAUUAAAGAACUUCAGCAAAGGCUUGGAGAGGUCCAGGGCGACAAUAAGCUCUUGAGGAUGACGAUUGCCAAGCAAAGGCUCGGAGAUGAAGAAAUUGGUGUGCGCCACUUUGCAGCCCAUGAGAGGGAAGACUUGGUUCAGCAACUGGAGCAAGCGAAGGAACAGGUUGUCAUGAGUAUUGAGUCUUUGGAGCAUGACCUGCAGGCCUCUGUGGACGAGCUUCAGGAUGUCAAGGAAGAGCGGGCCUCCUACCAGGACAAAGUGGACCGGCUGAACCAGGAACUCAACCACAUCCUGGGUGGCCACGAGAACCGCAUCAUUGACGUGGACGCCCUGUGUAUGGAGAACAGGUACCUUCAAGAGAGAUUAAAACAACUCCACGAAGAGGUCAACCUCUUGAAAUCGAACAUUGCCAAAUACAAGAAUGCUCUCGAGAGACGGAAAAACUCGAAGGGCCAGGGCAAAUCCAGCAGCAGUGCUCUGACUGGAGUCCUGUCUGCAAAGCAAGUUCAGGAUCUGCUCUCCGAGGAUCACGGGUGCAGUCUCCCUGCCACGCCGCAGUCCAUUUCAGACCUGAAAUCUCUGGCAACUGCCCUGUUGGAGACGAUCCAUGAGAAAAACAUGGUCAUUCAGCACCAGAGGCAAACCAACAAAAUCCUAGGGAAUCGGGUAGCUGAGUUGGAGAAAAAAUUAAGAACUCUGGAAGUUUCUGGUUUGUGGAGUCUUCCAGGCCUGAGCUACAAUGUUUCCAUAGGAUUCGGCCGGGGCAAGGAUACCAUACUGUUCAGUGACCCCACUCUUUCCACCAUACAAAGGUCAAGAUCCCCACUGCUGAAGUUUGUUGAGCAGCCCACAGAGAACCAACCAAGUCCCAAGGAUGGGGAGCAUCAGCAGCAGGAAGGAGAUGAAAGUUGUGUUGCCGCCGAGGCGUUGACAGCGCCUGAGGAUGCUGGGAGGCCUACUGUUAGCUCCCCAGCAAACCUGAGCCACGGGAGCCAGCGCAAGCAUUUUCAUCCUUCAUUACCCUGGCUACCUUCUGAGGAGGAAGAAGUAAACAGGCUCGGAAGGGAAAUAAUUAAAUUGACAACGGAGCAGGCGGCAGCAGAACUGGAAGGGGUCAGGAGAGAGUGUCCCCUGGAGGGACGGGGGAGCCUGUCCCCCUUGGGCCUGGCCUCCAAGGGGAGCUCCCCCAGAUCCCUCCUGGACAGCUUGGAGCUGGCCCAGCCAGCAGCUGAAGCGACUGUACUGGAAGAUGGGAAAGGGAUCUCAGAAGGUGGGGACACAAGCGUGCAAACAUGAAGAGGAACAGAGUCCAAUACGGUGACAUUUUGCAGGCACCAGGGAUGGCAAGAAAAGAAUGAGGCGUCAGAAUGUCUGCACAGGUCGCUUUCUCCUAAAACACCUCAGCCUUUGUGAGUGAGGAAUGGCUCGGGUCCUUUUGCAAACUGUGACCAUCCCGACGAUGCCUGGGGGGUGUGAUUUAUUAAACGCGGGUCCUCAAGCUUCUCUGGUGUCAUCUCUUUCUGCUGAGGAUGUGCUGCUGUGAACAGGGCCAGGCUGCCAUAUGGCUGGUCUUCGGUGUCUGUCUUUGUGUCAGCAUUUGUUUAAUUAGAGAUAAGAUGUUUUUCUAUUAGCAUUUAAUGUUGUUGAUCAAAAUUAUGUGAAGAGCUGGAAAUGGAUGGAGUUUUGAGUCUGGUCUGGUAAUGGGGAGGUGGCUGGACAGAAAGGUGUAACGGGGCGUAGUGUGCCUGGCAGGCCGUGGACCUCCCACGGGUGUUCUUGGCAUCCUGCCACCAGCACUGUCUGUCAAGGAGCUGGCUGGUGGGUCGGAAGGGACUUGAGUGGCUGAGAAACUUGGGCUUCUGGUCGGAAAGCUAUAGCCCCUGUUGAGGGCUGUUUGAUACUGCUGGAGCUGAGUCUUCUAGCCUGUAAAUCUGGGGGAUUAAUUGAUGGGAAGUGGCAGAAGAGGAGGGUCUGGAACGACAAGGGGACUCCCUGUGGAGGUCCAAUUCUUUGCUUCUGAGAAGAGAUGAGAGCUAGAAGUAGAAAUACUUGUUUGCUUUAUUCAACCUGUGCUAUCUGUAGGAUUUUGAGGCCAUUUGGGUUUGGGAAAGAGCAGGUUGUGGCGUUGGGUCAGUCUACUGUCCUACACCACCCAAACCUUGAACUCUUUCUCCUUCCACAGAAUGUGCAGGCUAUGUCCUCAGUGCCACUAGUACUGGGAUUUGAAAGACCAGACACAGAGCUCAUGGCCCUGGAGGGGAAAGAGAGAGGAAAACAAAAAGACCACAUCCAGCUCAGUGUGAGGAGGGGACCGAGGGACCCAGGGCAAGGUCCAAGGGGAAGAAAGGAGGGACUGGCCAUCGCUACCUGGUUCUUCUAGGGAUGAGAUUUAGCAGUUCCACGCAGCAUCUGGGGCUGCAGGAAACUGCAGUGCCAUCGAGCUGUGGACUUGCUAGGAGCUGGACCUAGUUCAUUUCUCCCAGAGAGCCUGAUACCAGAUCCCACCGCUCAGAACACCUCGGAGAACCAGCGUCUCAUCACAGACACCUUCCUGGUGAAAAAGAAAGGCUCCCAGGGCAGCAGAGGUUAGAAAUUCACCCUAAAACCUGAUGUGACAGGUGUCCUAGGUGUCACCUGCUUGUGGGAGGCCAGCCCACACCGACACUUCCCUGCCAGGUCACAUCUCUGGUGACACUGCUGGCAGACAUCACAGUGCCUGCUCAGGUGCACACUGUGGGGCCUCUGGCUGCUUUCUCCCAGCUCCCCAGAGGCCGCCUGCCUGGCAGAACAGGAGCGUGGUGGAGCUGGUGCCCUGCCGCUUUGGGGUGCAGGGACACACAUGUGAUCCCAGGACUCCACUCAUCCUCCUCCAUUCCACUGCACUCCCAUCAAGUCCCCUCCUGGUGAGUCACUUCUGCAGCUGCAGUGCUCACCCAGUCCAGCACUCACAGAAGUAGCCACCCUGCUGGACUGGCCCUUGGCUGGCUGCAGUUGCUCAACGCUACUGCACAGAGCAACCAAAGGAAACAGCCAGACAAUGCAGGAAUUACACAAAGAAAAACUCUCACCCUACACAAGCUCUGGUUUGCCACACAGUCAGCCAGACGCACCUCUGCAGGGCCUGUCAAUCACUUUCUGGAAAGUGGGCCUUGUAAUAAAGCCUGACAUGGCCUGUCGGGGCCAGGGAAACUGAGUCCCAGAGACGCUGGGGUUUGGGAAGCUGGGGCCAGAGGAGCUGCAGUUUUAACUGUGUGUGCCAUCAGUCUGGAUGGCUCUAUGAGAUGCAAUGGGAGACAGAUUUGAUCUUGUCACAUAGGUUACCAUGGUGACACCGUUCACACGUGUGACACUGUCGUACCUCUGCCAUCCCCACCGCGUGUGUUUCAUUCCAUAGCCAUUAAAGGGAGAUUUGGCAGUUACUCAUGGUCGUCCUUUGUCUUUUUAAAGGUUGUUGUGAACAUGUGUAGCAAUCUUCCCCCACUCCACCAGACAGCCCUGCACCAGCCACAGUACUCAGCAACAGGUCACACCUGCAGACACUUAAACAAUAGGGAAGUAGAUUCUACUGCAUCACGAGAGCUUCGGAAGUAGAGCAUCCUAAGACUGUUUCCUUCAAGAAAGACACUGAUGAUCUGAGUCUCAACUUUCCAUCUCUGCUUGCCUCCAUGUCAGCUACUUCUUCAUGGUAACAAGAUGGCUACAAUGGCUCCAGGCAUCGCUCAUUCUCACAUAUAUCCAAAGGCAGAAGGAAUUUUCUCCCCACAUGUGUAUGUGUAUGUUUCAAUAGCGAGAAGCCCAGUUCCUGCCACCUUUCAUUGCUCAGAAUUGUCAUAUACCUGUGUCUAAAGCCAGUCUUCGACAAGAAGAUGGUAUGACGAUGGGUUUAGGUGCAUCAGGAUUUACCCUCUGAAUUGGGGAGGGGACUUGUCCUAGACACGUAACUACCAAAACAAAAUCAUGUCUUAGAGGUUUGGAUUUAAGGAGACCUGAGUGGCAUUGCCUCUGGGCCCCACACCUUCUCUUUGUCCCUGCGUUAAAAGCCAGAAUAUUAGGCUUGUUGAGGAAACCACAUCUUCCCUCUCCCCUGGCUGCUCUGUGGUCGCCCUGAGUUGCAGAGGAUUUGUCCCUACCUCUGCAGGCCUGCUGGUCCUCCUGAGACCCCAGCAGACUUUGGAGUGUGGAUAAAUGCCUCAGGAUGGACAUCUCCUAAUGAACACUUGCUGGUGCGCUCUGCUCCCUGUGGCUGCUCUGCACCUGCCAGCUAAGCCACUAGGUGUGGAGUUUUACAGAGGCACAUUUGUCUUUCUUUUGAUUAAGGCCCAAGGAAAGGAUCGGUGUUUGUAAAGCAGGCAUUUCUCAUCCCUGGCUCCUUCCCUUCCCGUGCCUCUCCUGCCCCCUUCCUUCCCCGUCUCUCUGCUUUCAUGUCUACCACCACCCAAGCCUCACGGCCUAGGAGGCCCUGACCCGGUGCUGUUCUGCUCAGUUCACCCCACAGCCUCCUGUCUGUUGGCAACCGUAAUAAACUGAAUUCGUCUAGAUUCCUCAUUGUUGCUUUGCUCCCAAGCAUACACCCCUGCCUCUACUCGAAGUUCUAGAAAUGGGCUCUGCCAUCAGCGGUUUAGAUGUUGGAGAGUUUUGUGAUGUGUUCCUCCCACUGGGAACGUGUGCACCAGUCAACUACAGAGCAUGAGAGGUUUGGUUUCUAAGGAAUUCCAAAGACCAGCUAUUCGCCCAUUGAGCUUUUCUCCCCCAUCUUUCCGGCAACCCCAUGGCUUUGCCCUUUGGGUUUUCUGUGCCUCUGAAAAGCAGGUGCUCUCCCGGUUUCCUGGCCUUCCCGGCGCCCUGUGAGUGUCUGGUGCCCCACUUCUCUUUGGAAAAGGCCUCGUUUGGAGGACCUUCUCCCUCUAUUUCAUUCCAGAAGUCUCCAUUUGGGAUAAUUUUUCUUGAUAAAAACCAACGGUACCCCAGUUAGGGUGUCAAAAACUCCAAGCACUGCCCCCAGCCCACAGUUUUAAUGCAUUCCUUUCUCCCCAGAUGGCUUUCUGAAUGGAGAAAACUGCAGAGAGAGAUGCAGCUAGGAACUCGGUAGUGAAUCUAAUUAGAAAGAGAAGCAGAGAAAAACAAGGACUCCUCUCUCGAUACUAUUGUUGUGCACAGAAACAAAGCCAAACGAGUCCAUCCAGCAUGAAGGCAAUUUAAAUUGAGAGAUACAGAUGUGCUGCUUUCUGUUCCUUAUCACCUUUUUGCUAAAUGAGUCUUUUUCUUCUGGAUACAUAGGGGGAGUCUGCAUAGCACUGGGAAGUUUGACUUUGGAGAAUCUAUCUAUGUGAGCUCAGGAGCACAUUGUGGGAUCUUAGCUGAGGCCAAUGAGUCUAUUAAAUGUAAAACAGUUGACUUUAAAAACCAGCUGCUAUUUUGUAGUUUUAUGUAAAAAAAGAAGUAGCUUCUCUUCCUUUGCAGGCCUUGAUGUAUUAGGUUCUAUGAUCACCUUGUAGCACGACUAUAUCUUGUUCUUACUUGAAAUAAAAAUGUGAUGAUUUUCCUGAUA